AUGGUGGCGCUAGCAGCAUCCAGACUGUUAAGUCUUCAAACUGGAGCAUCUGUUACCAUCCCAUGUCCUUAUGAUAGGAAAUAUUUACAUCAUAGGAAAUACUGGUGCUAUGAUGCUGCUGCAGCAUACAAUUUCUGCACAAUUCAGGCGUAUGCCAACGAGACACAGGGGAACGUGACAGUAACUGAUAAUCCAGCUGAGAGUCUCUUUACUGUGACUAUGAAAGAUCUCCAGACAGGAAACACUGGAUCAUACUGGUGUGCUGUAGAGAUAGAAGGACCUGCACAUGAUGUCACAGAACAACUUUCUAUCACAGUGAAAGCAGAUCCUGAUCUGUCUGUGAGGGAGAGCAGUGUGAGUGGUGAUGAAGGAGGCAGCGUCACAGUUCAGUGUCUCUACAGCGCUGCGUAUCAGAAAACACAGAAGAAGUGGUGCAGAUUCAGAGACAGAAGCUGCAACUCAGUGACAAGGACUGACACAUCCCAGAAUUCAGCAAUAAUCAUCAGUGAUGAUGGGAAAAGUUCAUUCAGUGUGCAGAUGAGUGGACUGAAGAAGACUGUUGUUGGCUGGUACUGGUGCAGUGCAGGAGAUCUGGAGGUUCCUGUUCACAUCAGUGUCCGUGAUCCACCUCCAGGUAUCAUCACAAACACUGAUCCAUACUUUAACUAA